AUGGCUAAUGUUGACAUACACAACGUCGCUCUGCCCAAUACCCCUGCGGAUACGCAAUGGACCGUUAGAGUGAAAGACGGCCUCGUCGAGGACAUUUCUCCCGCCGAUGAGACCCUCACAUUAAAGGACAACUCCGUGGACGGCAAGGGAGCAUUGCUGGCCCCAUCGCUCUGCCAUCCGCACAUACACCUGGAUAAGGCUUUCCUGCUAUCGCAUCCGAGAUACGCACAUCUCCAGGUCGAGAAGGGAGACUUCCAAGAAGCCAUGGACCUCACAGGAAAGGCAAAAUCUCAAUUCGAGCACGAGGAUCUGUUGGAACGUGGUCAGCGACUGAUCGACGAAAGCGUGGCUGCUGGCGUUACGCACAUGCGUGCCUUUAUCGAACUUGAUGCCGGUGUUGGCAACAAGUGCUUGUCCGCUGGAAUCGAGCUGCGUCAAAAGGCUAAGCAGAGUGGCUCCUGCCAAGUGCAGCUCUGCGCCUUCGCUCAGUUGCCGCUGUUCUCUUCGUCUCCAGGCGAUGAGGAUGGAAGUGUGAUUCGUGAUCUCAUGCGGGAAGCUGCACGAAAUGGACAUGUUGACGCUAUUGGCAGCACACCUUACGUCGAGCAGGACAGGGCAAGAAUGAAGCGCAAUGUCGACUGGAUGGUCGAUCUUAGCAUGGAGUUUGACCUUCACUUGGACUUCCACCUGGACUACAACCUCGAUCCAGAGAACGAGCCGCUGGUCUGGCAUGUAAUCAAUUCGCUGCAGUACAAGAGUUGGAGAGCGCAGACUUCAGAGAAAACGGUCGUCCUGGGUCACUGCACUCGGUUGGCGCUAUUUGAUGACAGGGAAUGGCGUCGCCUUGCGGAUGCUAUUGGCGAGGCCGAGCUGCCGAUAUCAUUCGUUGGACUACCAACGAGCGAUCUCUUCAUGAUGCGUGCCGGCAAGCGACCAGAAAUUCGCGGCACUCUGGAUAUUCCGCGAAUGAUCAACGAGUAUGAUCUCAACGCAUGCAUCUCCAUCAACAACAUUGGGAAUGCCUUCACGCCUUUCGGAUCGUGUGACCCUCUGGCACUCGCUUGUCAGGGUGUGGGAGUAUACCAGGCCGGGACUAAGAAGGAUGCAGAACUACUGUUCGAAUGUGUUAGCACCCGGGCCAGGGCCGCGAUCGGGCUCGGACGGACUAUUGCGCAUGACACCAGGCUUGACGUUCGAAAGGGAGACCAAGCCAAUUUCAUCCUUUUCGAUGGCUCCGGUCAAGGGAGCAAUCGAUGGAGGAACAGAUCGAGCAUCAGUGAGGCAGUGUAUCUGUAUGAUCAUUGCAAGAACAGGCGAGGCCUGCUGGGUGGAAAGGUGGUCAAUGGUGAAGUGCCAUAG